GCAGCAUUCAUAAAACGUUCAGGAGAUGCUGAAUGCAGCCCUGAAUUCUCCCAGCGCGGGCCUUGGUCACCCCUGACAACAAAGGACGCUUUGACAUGUCUCACUAAAAGUAAGGAUCCAAUUUCAUGGCCAGCAUGCAUGGACUAAAAAGGCAGCGGUGCCCCCAGUCAAGUUGUGAUUGGCUGUGAUCAAAGUCAGUCAACUAUCAAUUAAGCUGGACAGUUUGUGCCAUGGCAACUCACUUUGGCAACCAGUGCCCAGCAACAAAGACUCAUCCCCUGUCUGUAGUUAGCGUAGGCCUUCUGUGUGUAUACUUUGUGUGCUCAAAGGACUGAGCAAGCAGCCUCACAGCACGCAAACAUGCCUCCAAAGAAAAAGACAAAAAAGACCACAAAAAAGAAACCAGAAAAAAGUUACAAUGACUUGGAGGAAAAGUAUAGGCGCAGUAUUCUGGAUAUAGCCAUCCUACAGGAUCACAUUGCUUUACAGUGUGAGUCUGUAAUAAAGGUCCAGUCUGAUAGAGUUGACCUGAGGAGGCGCAUGAGAGAUAUGGAGCAGAAGCUGCAGCACGAGAGACAAGACCACAGGGACGUCAACUCUGACCUCAGUCGCCAGUACAAAACCAUGCAGACAGAGCUGACCAGCAAGGUGAAGAGGCUGGAGAAGGAGGUCAGCCAGCUGAAGGAAGAACUUGCCAUGUGUCAAGAGGACCUGGGGAAAGAGAAAAGAGAGCGUGUGCAGAUGGAACGGGAGAAGGAUGCCACUAUAGAUGACCUCCAACACAAGCUGGACAACAUGGAAACAGACUAUGAGAAGGUCCUGCAUGAUACUCUCGACAGCCUGACUUCCCAGCUGUCUGUGGCUCGGCAGAGGUGGGAGGACAAGAGCACAACUCUUCAUCAAAAUUACAAGGGACUGCUCUCUGAAUUUGGCCUCAAUGCACUGGACAUCUGAGAGACAGACUCCUUACAAAUACAAAGCAGCUGCUCUUCUCAGUGAGACACAUUUGUUUAAUAUUGUAUCUACAACUUGAUUCUAUUUGAUCUGACUGUUGCAUCUGUGUUUGGUUCAAUUGAAAGCGACAUUCGCGACAGCAUCAAUCUGCAACUCACAAUUUAGUAUGCCUAACGCACAGAUGGAUGCUGUUAUUAUAUAAUAUUUUACCAUCAGAGUACAAAAUAGGCUGCGUUAUCAAUGCCUGCAUUCAGUGGUUCACCAUAGAGUCUGUAAUGUUGUCUAAUGCCCACUAGAUGUAGCAAAUGAUUGUUGACCUGUAUAGAUAUCCAGUUUCUCAUAGACUGUUGUAGUGUACAAGAAGGUUCUGGGUUUGAACCCCGGUUCAGGCCUGGGGCUUUUCUGUGUGGAGUUUGAAUGUUCUCCCUGCGCCUGCGUGGGUUCUCUCCGGGUAAUCCAGCCUCCUCCCACAGUUCAAAAACAUGCAGCAUAGGUUAACUGAUAACUCUAAAUUGCCCAUAGGUGUGAAUGUGAGUCUAAUUGGUUGUUUGUCUGUAUAUGUUGGGCCUGUGAUGGACUGGCAAUCCGUACAGGGUGUACGCUGCCUCUUGCCCAAUGACAGCUGGGAUAGGCUCCAGCCCCCCCGCGACCCUUGAACGGAUAAGCAAUAUAGAUAAUGGAUGGAUGGAUGGAUAUUGUAGUGUAUAGUUGGUAUUUUGUAUGUGUCAACAGGUGGUGUACUAUGUUCUUUUUGAGACAAGAUUUUUUUUUUUAUGAUGAGUAAAAGUAUGUGAAUAUUAGGAUUACACUAACAUGGUAUGAAAUGAGUGAAAUUGGGAAAGAGUAUGCUGUACUGUAAAAGAGCACAUUACAGCAAAGACUGUCAUGAUGUUACAACAGGUAGACGUAGAAGCAAAAAUGGCAAUGUAACUCCAGUGUAUGUUUUAUGCUGAAUCAGUGGACCAGAAUCCAAAUAUGGUAACAGGCAAGGAACUGGAAGGCGAAACUGACCACAUGAGCCACAGAGACACAGGAAACAGCACAACCACUGCUGCUAAACUGUAAUACUACUACACAGCAGUGUUUUCAUUCAGCCCACGAUUAUGACAAAACAGAAAUUACAAGACAGGAAAAUAUAAAAAGUAAACAAAAAGUAAUGUUCAAUAUGAGGUUGCCUAACAAUAGACAACAACAAGCGAAAGGCAAAAUAACAGUUAAUGGUGCAGGAAAUAUGAUUUAGUUGCCCAGCAUCGAUAAAACUCGACUUCCCCUGCGGGGAGCCAGAUAAACAGAUUUUACUUCCAAGGCUGUCAUUUGUGCGUCUUUUCCAUGGCCCAGUGCAAAUUUUUUUUAACCUCUCAUCUGUGAGGUAAUGAAUCAUUUACUCAGGGAUUAAGAUAAUUCUGUGCUCUAACGACCAAUUAACGCAGGAACUCAAGAGGCCUUUAUCUGAAAAACCAAUAUUUUCUCCUCAAACCACAAGGAGUUGUUGCCUUCAGAGGUUAUGUGUUUCUGUUUGCUAAGGGUUUAAUGGGGUUGACUGCAGUCAUCCCAGUUUUCAAAAAUGAUAUAUGCAUAAUGUACCUGUAAGUAGGGGAGUACAACAUUACUAGGAAAAUACUGUAUUAGUCUGUGGUGGAAGAAGUACUCAGUAAGUCUAAAAGUACCAAUACAGCAAUGUAAUAAUACUCAAUUAUAAGUAAGAGUAACUGCAUAUUACAGUAAAGUAUAGAAAUAUUAUGAGUGAGGUGUACUUUAAAUUUCAAAAGUAAAAGUACUUGUAUUCAGAAACCUUUUUCCCACAGGUUUACCUUUUUUGCACAAUGAGCAAGCAGAAGAAAAGACAUAAGAUACUGUUCUUUCCAUGGUGCACAUGAUUAAUGAACUGAUUCUAAUUUGAACCCUGCAAAUGUUUGUCUGCUGUCAUCCAAGCAUUUGCUCAGAGACAAAUGAUGCUCUGCAAAAAAAGUGGAGUCAUUAUGGAAAGUGACUGAUGAGUACUUAAAUCUUUGGAACUUUAAUCCAAGGUCAACAAAGAUUUUGCCAACAUUCAACACAACUCAUGUAGCUUUGUUAUGCACAGACCAAUUUCCACAAUAAAAGCUGUCUACUUUCAUAUUUCUGGUGAU